AGAUGUAAUUCACCUCGUACUCCGAGCCAACAAAGCAAUACCCAAAAAUAGCCCCAUGCAGAAACUCAGCCCAUUCUUGGAAGACAACCUCAUUUGUGUUGGGGGCCGAUUAAGGCACUCAGAACUCCCUGCUGCCGAAAAGAACCCAAUAAUCCUGCCCAAAGGUAGCCACAUCUCCUUACUGCUCACCCAACAUCACCACGAGCAAGUAAAACACCAAGGCAGACACCUGACAGAAGGCGCGAUUAGGGCAGCAGGAUUGUGGAUUUUGGGAGGCAAAACAUUAAUCAGUUCAGUACUCCACAAAUGUGUAACCUGUCGCAGGCUGCGCGGAAAGCUGGAAGAACAAUUCAUGGCUGACCUGCCACCUGAACGCCUUAAAACCUGCCCUCCCUUUACAUAUGUGGGGAUCGAUGUAUUUGGUCCCUGGUCCAUCUCUACCAGACGCACCAGAGGAGGACAGGCAGAGAGCAAGCGGUGGGCCAUCAUGUUCAGCUGUAUGAGUUCAAGAGCAGUGCAUAUCGAGGUAAUUGAGGCUAUGGACACAUCUAGCUGCAUAAAUGCCCUCAGACGCUUCUUCGCACUCAGAGGCCCUGCGAAACAGCUCCUAUCUGAUUGUGGCAACAACUUUAUUGGAGCGCGCAAGGAGCUUGGGAUGGACAAAAGGCUGCAGAAGUUCCUCAGUGAGCAAGGAUGCAUCUGGGAAUUCAACCCGCCACAUGCCUCCCAUAUGGGAGGCUCUUGGGAGCGCAUGAUUGGUGUCGCUAGAAGAAUCCUUGAUUCAAUGUUUCUCCAACAUAACACUCGCCUAACCCACGAAGUUCUUUGCACACUGAUGGCUGAGGUCACGGCCAUCAUGAACGCACGUCCACUCCUACCUGUCUCUGCUGACCCGGAAAACCCUUUCAUACUCUCACCGUCAAUGCUUCUUACGCAGAAGACUGGAGCUCCACCCCCUCCAGGAGAGUUCUCAGACAAGGACCUUUACACAAAGCAAUGGAGACAGGUUCAGGCUCUUGCAAACCAGUUCUGGACCCGCUGGAGCCGUGAAUACUUACCUUCCCUGCAACACAGACAUAAGUGGACAGUACCUCGAAGAAACCUUGAAGUUGGAGACCUAGUUCUACUCAGAGACAAGCAGACUGUCCGCAACUGCUGGCCUAUGGCCAGGAUCACUGCCACCUUCCCUGGAAACGAUGGCCACGUAAGAAAGGUCGAGGUGAAAACAGCUGACCAGGGUAAUACCUCCUCUGUGUCAGCGAGUCCCUCUGGUAAAAUAAUGGAGGGCAGUUCAGUCCUGUGCAGUGUUGUCAACGUAGAAGAGAGGCUGAACACAUUAUUAGCAGGAGGAACACAGAAACAGCAGCUGGAGCAAGACUCGGGAACAUCUAUCAUCAGGGCUUCUCAUCCUCUUUUGAGUUGA